GUAAGGGCGCACUGAUCUGAACAGUCUCCCCUGCCAAAAAUUGUCCAAUCACACGCUGUGUAACACGCUGAAUUGGCAAGCUCCUCAUAUCCCCCUUCACACUCCGGUGUCUUGGUCCUUUUUCAAUUCGUUAGACGAUUGCAGAAACAUCUUUACCCGUAACUUCAUCUGAAUCUACAAUGUCUGCUCUUAACGGUUAUGUCGGUUUUGACACCAUCACCCAGCAAAUUGAAAAGAAGCUGUUGAAGCGUGGCUUCCAAUUCAACGUAAUGGUUGUUGGCCAAUCUGGCUUGGGAAAGUCCACCCUUGUCAACACUAUUUUCGCGUCCCACUUGAUUGAAAGCAAGGGCCGUGUUGCCUGCGACGAACCCCCAAGACAGACAACUGAAAUUGAGACUGUUGGUCAUAUCAUCGAGGAGAACGGCGUCCGAUUGAAGUUGAACAUCGUUGACACUCCUGGAUACGGUGAUCAGGUUAACAACGAGAACUGCUGGGAACCUAUCAUCAAGUAUAUCAAGGAUCAGCACUCUGCCUACUUGCGAAAGGAAUUGACUGCUACUCGUGAAAAGUACAUUCAAGAUUCCCGAAUCCAUUGCUGUUUGUUCUUCCUCACCCCCAGUGGUCAUGCUCUCAAGCCCAUCGACAUUGUCGUUUUGAAGAAGCUUUCUGAAGUUGUCAACGUUGUCCCCGUCAUUGCUAAGUCUGAUGCCUUGACUUUGGAGGAACGUGCUGCCUUCAAGAUGAGAAUUAAGCAAGAAUUGACCUUCCACAACAUCCGCCUUUACCCAUAUGAGAGUGAGGAGGACGAUGAACAGGAACAAGCAUUGAACGAAAGCAUUCGUGACUUGAUUCCCUUCGCCGUUGUUGGAUCUGAGAGAAACGUGGUUGUUGAUGGCAAGGCUGUCCGCGGCCGAAAGAACAGAUAUGGUGUCAUAAAUGUUGAGAAUGAAGAUCACUGUGAAUUUGUUCACCUCCGCAACUUCCUCACCAGAACUCACCUUCAAGAUUUGAUUGAGACCACUGCACAGAUUCACUACGAAGCUUUCCGCUCCAAGCAGCUUCUUGCUAUCAAGGAAUCUACUCAGCAGCCUACCUCUCCCGGUGCUGUCCACCCUCCCAUUACCCCCGUUAACGGUAACGCCUCGAGCUCAGCCCUUACCAGCCCCACUUCAACCUCUGUUCCCGCUUUUUAAACUGUUACCCAGAGCGUAGUGCUUGAUCAAAAUCUUUCGUCUUGAGCUCCAGUUACUAAGCUCUCUACAAUCCUCCUUAGUUCUCUGCUUAAUUUGACCAUACAGUCAGCAUUUUAUAAAUUCAACUUUCCUUUUUACACUUAUGAUAGCCCAUUUUUUAUGUCGCCCAAAGUGCGUGUCAUUCAAGUGAUGGAGAACAGUCUAGUGAGAAUAAUGAGAGGGU